UUUUUCUCUUUUCUUCUCCUCUAUUAUUAAUUCAUCUUUAUUUACUUCUUUUCUUAUUCUUUGUUUUGAUUUUCUUUUCGUGAUACCCCCUGAGCUGUUUGGCCAGCUCAGUUGUCUGUUCUCCGUCGACAGUGCGCAGCGAUAAGAAGUCUGUGUUGCUGGGUACAUAAUAUUUUGCCUUUCAUUUUUAUCCUAUUUUCCCUAGAGCAUGGAUCAGCAGAAAUUUCUGCAGCAAUUGCAGAUUGUCCUGAACCCUGCCCAGGGCAACGUCAAGGAAGCAACCGGUGUCCUGCAACGGGAGUUCUACAAUCAGCCACAAUGUCUCGUUCUCCUUGUUCAAGUGGCAACUGGCCAUGAGGAUCCCAACCUGAGGCAACUCGCAGCCGUCGAAGCACGAUCCUUGGUCAGCAAGCAUUGGGUGUCUCUUCCUGCCGAUCAGAAACCACAGAUUCGCGAACAGCUUUUGCGUGCAACUGUGGGAGAGGCAUCCUCGCUUGUCCGUCAUUCCAUUGCCCGUGUCAUUUCUGCCAUUGCAAAGAUCGACCUGAACGAUGGCGAGUGGACAGAUCUCCCUAGCUUCCUCGUACGGGCCUCCAAUAGCGGCAACAAGGAUGAGCGUGCAGUAGGUGUAUACAUUCUCUUCACUAUCCUCGAGACCCUGGGGGAUGGCUUCGAGGAGAAAUACCAAGACCUCUUCAACCUAUUCAAUAAGACAAUUCGCGAUCCAGAGAGCGAAGAAGUUCGUAUAAACACUCUGCUUGCUUUGAGUAAGCUCGCUAUGAACCUCGAUUCGGAGGAGAACAUGGCCCCUGUCAAGGCCUUCCAAGAUAUUCUUCCUGCCAUGGUUGCCGUGUUGAAGGAUGCCAUCGACCAGAAGAAUGAGGAACGUGUUAUGCAGGCUUUCGAAGUUUUCCAGAGCCUUCUGGGCUACGACCCCCAGCUCAUGAAUGUCCAUCUGAAGGAUCUGGUCGUCUUCAUGAACGAAAUUGCCGCGAACACUGAUUUAGAUGAGGAUACCCGCACCCAGGCUGUCAGCUUCCUCAUGCAGUGCCUUCAGUACCGCAAACUCAAGAUUCAGGGUAUGCGUCUCGGAGAGCAGCUUACCCGUACCGCUCUGCACCUAGUUACGGAGCUUGACGAGUCUCCUUCCCUCGAUGAUGAAAUCACACCUGCCAGGUCUGCCCUUGGCCUGCUCGACAUGCUCUCCCAAAGCCUUCCUCCUAGUCAAGUCGUCGUUCCGUUGCUACAGUCUCUGGGACAGUACUUCCACAGUACCGACCCCAACUACCGUCGUGCUGGUAUCUUGGCUCUGGGAAUGUGUGUUGAAGGUGCCCCUGACUUCAUCAGCACUCAGAUGAAGGAGAUCUUGCCUAUGGUCUUUCAGCUUCUGGCUGAUCCUUCGCCGAUAGUGCGUCAGGCCUCGUUACACGCUGUGGCCCGGUUGGCAGACGACCUUGCAGAGGACCUUAGUUAUGAACAUGAGAAACUCAUGCCCUUGCUCUUCCAGAACCUUGCUAGUGCGAUGCAGGAGUACAAGGGUGAGGAAGAGGGACCAAUCAUUGACAUCAUGAAGGCUGGUAUCAGCGCCAUCGACGCCGUUGUUGAUGGCUUGGAUGAGAAGGACGUUGUCCCUUACCAGGCCGAGCUGGUCCCUAUCCUGCACAAGCUGUUCAAGUGCCCUGAUUUCAAGGUCAAGGCCUUGGCAGCCGGUGCUCUUGGCUCUCUGGCUUCUUCUGCAGGUGAGGCCUUCCUGCCUUUCUUUGACGACUCUAUGCACCUCCUUCAGGAGUUCGCCACUGUCAAGGAUAGCGAGAGUGAACUGGAUCUGCGGGCCAGCGUUACCGAUGCUAUGGGUGAAAUGGCGGCUGCCGCUGGUCCCGAGCGGUACCAGCCUUACGUUGAGCCUCUCAUGCGUGCUACCGAGGAAGCUCUUCAUCUUGGUCAUUCUCGACUCAAAGAGAGCACUUACAUCUUCUGGGGUGCCAUGUCCAAAGUUUACGCUGAACACUUCUCCCCCUUCCUUGAAGGCGCAGUCAAAGGUCUGAUUGACUGCAUCGAGCAAGAAGAGUCGGAGCUUGACGUCUCCUUGGGUGAGGCUGCUAAGGAUCUAAUCGGCCAGGAAGUGACCAUCGCUGGCCGUAAGGUUAAGGUCGCUACUGCUGAUGAUUUUGAAGACAAUGAGGAUGGUGGAAUCGAAGAUAUUGAUCUUGAAGAUGAUGAUGCCUGGGACGACAUUACCGCCACCACCCCCCUGUCUCUGGAGAAGGAGAUCGCUGUCGAAGUUAUCGGUGAUCUGGUUACACAUACUAAGAAUGCCUACCUGCCUUAUUUCGAGAAGACCAUUGAGGUUAUCAUGCCUCUUGUUGAGCACCCAUAUGAAGGUGUUCGCAAGAGUACUAUCAGCACCUUGCAUCGGUCUUAUGCCAUGUUGUUCUGUAUUGCAGAAGAGACCGGCCAGAUGGCUAAGUGGCAACCCGGUCUGCCUUUGCAGGUCCAGCCGGCUAAGGAAGUCAAGAAGUUUGGUGAAAUCCUCAUGGCUGCCACCAUCAAGAUGUGGGCUGAAGAAGAUGAUAGGGCCACUGUUGCUGAUAUUAACCGCAACAUGGCUGAGAACCUGCGCUACUGUGGCCCUUCGCUCAUCGCUGACGAGUCCACCCUCCACCAUAUCAUCCAGACAGUCACCGACAUUAUCACCAAGAAGCACAUCUGCCAGUUGGAAUAUGGUGAUGAGGGCUUUGACGCCGAAGAGACUUCCGAGUUUGACUGGGUCGUUAUCGAUACUGCCCUUGACGUUGUUUCCGGUCUGGCCGCCGCCCUUGGCCAGAGCUUCGCGGAGCUCUGGAAGGUGUUUGAGAAGACCAUCCUCCGCUACGCCUCCAGCAGCGAAUCGCUCGAACGUGCAACUGCCGUCGGUGUCCUGGCUGAGUGCAUCAAUGGCAUGGGUGCGGCGGUUACUCAAUUCACGCAGUCUUUCCUCAGACUUCUGGUUCACCGUCUGGCAGAUGAGGACCCACAGACCAAGUCCAACGCUGCCUAUGCUAUUGGCCGUUUGAUUGAGCAUUCCAAUGCGGACUCAGCGAUUGUGAAGGAGUAUCCCAUCAUUCUCACUCGCCUGGAGCCUUGUGUCGAGAUGAACGUCUCCCGACUCCAAGACAACGCAUCCGGCUGCCUUAGCCGAAUGAUCCUCAAGCACCACGAGAAUGUUCCCACGAAGGAAGUCUUGCCCGUCCUCAUCAAUAUCCUUCCUCUCAAGAACGACUACGAGGAGAACGAUCCUGUCUACCGCAUGAUCUGCCAAUUGUACAAAUGGGAAGACCCAACCAUCCGCGAACUCACACCGAGAUUGAUCCCUAUCUUCCAAGCCGUCCUCUGCGGUGACCAGGAUCAGCUCGAGGACGAGCGUCGGGCAGAGCUCACAGAGCUUGUUAAAUGGCUGAAUCAAAUGCAGCCUGGCGUUGCCCCUUGGGCGGAGCAGCUGUAACUGCAGUCGGUUGAAAAGAAAGAAAAUCGAAAAUCAAAACACGGAAAGAAGGAUGAUCUAUGCAUUACGGACGGGAUGAGUUAGAUACCCUAGAGGCAAGGAUCAAAAGUCUUUUUUAUUCAUUUGUCAAGAUUGGCUGUUGGAUACUGAUGUUGUGCGAUGAUUUAUGAAUGGGGGAGCAAGGAAAAAAAGGAGAGAGGGAAAGAAACUCGUAUAGUUGUACAUAUUUAUUGAUGUUACUUUAGACUGGAAGGUGUUCUAUAUUUUUUUUCUCCCUUAAUUGAAGGCUCUGUCGGUUAUUUGGCAA